GGAAAAUAAUCCGCUAUUUACAGAAUAUUAGAGAAUAUAAUUUGUUUGUGUAUUUUGAUGUGCGACGUUCAUUACACAUGUAUCAAUUUAUUUACUUUUUGCCUUGUAUGUAUUUUAAAUAUUUUCACUGAUGAAGAGUGGAGGAGUUUCGUAUAAUUCACACGCACUAUAUACACAUUGCGGAUGAAGAAACAGGUGCUCCUCGGCACAACAAUUUUCUGAGAGAAAGCCCGAGAAAGCAUACUAAAACCCAAUAAUUCGCCUCCUACAUGGUAUAUAUUGUACAGAAUGAUAAUUUUAACUUGACAGCGACAACGUAUUUUAUCGGUUGAGUGAAAUCGAUUUACCGAUCAAGAUGGUGGUCGACCGCAAUGGCAGGGUAUCAUUGACAGGUAAUGGAUGGGGACGUUUCCAGCCAAGUACUGGAAUGACAGCGAAGGAACUCGCUGAGAAUGAUGACCUAGCCACUGCACUUGUCAUAGACCCAUAUCUUGGGUUUGCUUCACACAAGAUGAAUACAAGAUAUCGACCAAUCAAAGCUAAGCAAGAGGACCUAAAGGCUGUUGUUACGCGGUUUAAGAGGGAUCAGAGAUAUGAAAAUGCAUUCAGAGAUCUCACUUCUGGUGAAUGGGCUCGAACAUUUUUUCUUACUAAGUCCAAGCAGCAACAACUUGUAUUCAAAGAACAUGUGUUUCGUUAUUUGCGUAUGUUUGAUGUUCAGGCAGGUUUUGAAGUGCUACCGUGCUAUAGGUAUUCAAUGGAAGGGCAGGUUGGAGGCAAGAUUUGUACAGUGCGUAAAUGGUUACGAGGAGAUAGUAUCCCAAUGCUGGUAGGUUGUAUAGCAGAGAUGACGGCUGAAGAAGAGGCAACAAUGCUGCAAUACGGUGUCAAUGACUUUAGUGUCAUGUACUCCACACGGAAAAACUGCGCUCAACUCUGGUUAGGACCUGCAGCCUUUAUAAACCAUGACUGUAGGCCUAAUUGUAAGUUUGUAUCUACUGGCAGAGAUACAGCCUGUGUGAAAGUUCUCAGAGAUAUCGAAUCGGAGGAAGAGAUAACAUGUUACUAUGGUGAUGAUUUCUUUGGAGAUAACAACAGCUUAUGUGAAUGCGAAACAUGUGAAAGAAGGCAGAAUGGUGGUUUUAAGCCUGAUGUGACUCCUCAGAAGAACACUAACGGUUAUAGGCUGCGUGAUACAGAUGCCAGAAUACAGCUUGAAAAGAAAAUGAGUGAAGAAGAGAAGAAACAGGGGAAACAGAAUAAAGCUCCAGAUAAACCUGCAGGAAACUGGGAUAACCGUGCCAAUAAUUUGAAGAAGCAAGCUCAUCUUCUAACUAAAGAAGAACUCAGGAGUCGUGGAAUUACACGCUACGACGCAGAGCUUCUGCUUUCUCAGGGAUAUGCCCUUCCACAGCCAAAACGCACAGAAAAAAGGCCGGGGGUCGCUCCAGUUUGCUCUAGUAAAUCUAAACAACAACAGAAGCCUUCUAGGAAGCUAUUUUCUAGUGAACAGCUAUGUAUUGAUACUGCUGCGUGCGGAGAUGAUGAUGUCACAGCUCAUAGUCCCAAUCUACGGGCACUCAGUCCUGCACGGGGGCGGGGUAGAUUGGCACAAACAAUUAAAAUAGCGGAUACACAGGGAACGGAGUCUGCUUUAUCACCACGCUCAUCACGAAUGCGACGUAUCAGUGGAGACUUUCCAAGUAUAAGCUCUGACAUGCCGAGUCUCGAGAAAUUUGAGGGGCCGAAUGGUUCUAGAUCCAGAUGUUCAAGUAGUAGCGAGGAUUCCAGUGGAAUGCCAAGUCUAGAUUAUCCGGCACUGGACGUCAAGCCAUUCACUCGCAAUCAGAGAGCCAGUAGCGAUUCUGUUGUGGCUCAAGAAAAGAACAUUAUCACGGAUAAAUCUCGGAUGACAAGGUUACGUCGCUCCAGCGUUGAAUUAAAUCAUUAUUCACAGGAUAUGCCAAUUCUUGAGCUAUCUCCGGGUGACAGGGUAUACAAACAAGAGGAUGACUCCCACGAUGAAAAUCACGAAGCAUCCUGUAGUGAUAUAUCAAGUUCUGAUGAUUCAGAUGCUGGCGUGAACUUUUCAACGCUUCGCUCAACACGCCUACAUCCGGGUAAAUUGGGAGAGUGCAAUUCAAAGUCAGACACCCCUGUAACAUCAAAAGGUAGUAAAGGGGAUCAUAAAAAGCAUUUAAAGACAGAAAAACUGGAAAUGACCUCGAGGUUUGACCAGUUUAGUAGUACCGGUAGCAGAGUGAAAGAUCUCAGUAUAGAGACAAUAGGGACUGAGGUUGAUUUAAAGAGUGAGACAGACUCUUCUUUACCAAGCCCUGGAUCAAGGCAAUAUGACAGCGAACUUGUUGAGAGGUCUUGCGGCAAGGCACCAAAGUUGACAAUCAGAAUGCGGAGACGUCAUCGCAAGCGAUCCAUGUCCUCGGCAUCCUCCAUCCCAUCUACGAACCAAUCAAAUGAAAGCAAAACUGGACGAAAUAUAAAGAAGAAAAAGAAAAAAAGAAGAUUCAAGAAUCUGUUUGAUGAUGUUGAUGAUGAACAAGUGACGUUUAAUCCCAAAAACUUCUACACCGGACCAGAAUCUCAUACAAACACAAACUUGCCGACUAAAAAAUUACGGUUAAAAUUCGGAACUGAUUCAUCAAUAGAUAUUGAUAUUCAAAGUAAGAAAAAAAGAACAUGAUCAAAGGAAAAUUAGGUUAUUUAAAAUUAUUUCUGCUAUUUAUGAACUGUAGGUCUGUCUAAAUAUGAGCUCCAUGUAUUUGAAGUAAGAUUUACAUUAUGACUUGUGAUUUGUGAAUUACAGUACAUGUAU